CAGAAAAGUAUAAAAACUGUAAAUAACUAAGCCAAACUCCACAGCAAACUGAUUUCACAAGAUGGCGGCACUCGUCACUGCGCAUGUGACAGAAAAUGCAGACUGCUGGCCAAGUUCUGCUGGCCUGGAGCCCAGUCCUUCUCUCCCCUCUCCACAUCACAUGGCGGAAGGGAAAAUGAGGUCUGUAAUAAAACAGGGCGCAGAAGCUAGAAUAUAUGCGGAAAACUUUUAUGGAAAGCCUUCAAUUGUCAAAGAAAGAUUCAAAAAGUCGUACAGACACCCAUCGCUGGAUGAAAAGCUGACGCGAAGACGUGUUGGCCAAGAAGUUCGCGCUAUUGUGCGAUGUAGGAAAGCAGGAAUACUCACUCCAUGUGUGUAUUUUGUUGAUCAUGAAACAAAUAGCAUUUUCAUGGAGAAAAUGCACAAUUACUACACUGCAAGAGAAAUUAUAUCUGAUUUGUUGAAGAAAGGUACUAGUGAAGCAGCGAAUGAGCUUGAUACUAUAGCGAAAACCAUAGGGAUAACUCUUGCCAAGAUGCACGAUGUAGAUUGCAUUCACGGCGAUCUAACCACUUCCAACAUGUUACUAAAAGAGCGACUUGUAGACCAGAUAACUUUAAUUGAUUUUGGGCUUAGUACAGUGUCAAGCCUUGCUGAGGAUAAAGGAGUGGACUUGUAUGUUCUAGAAAGAGCUUUUCUUAGUACCCAUCCAAAUACAGAGGCUCUCUUCCAAGUGAUACUAGACAGCUAUAAGAAAAGUGCAAAAAAAGCAGAUGGAGUGAUUAAAAAACUUGAUGAAGUACGAAUGAGGGGAAGAAAGCGAACUAUGGUCGGAUAAAUGAGAUAUCAAGCAGUACAUUGAUCAACUCUGAUAUCAUACAACCACACCAUGCCAUUGUGAAUUGUCGGACAUUGAUCUUUGAGACAUAUACUAGGCAAUAGCAAAGAAUAUAUGAAGCAUACCUUGGCAUUGUUCAUGUCCACCUGAUGUUGAACUCCAGUAGAACACAGACACAUAAGCAUUAUGCAAGUUAAUGAAAUUGAAGAAGCAACACAGUCAUGCUUGACUUUCAAGUUUUGAUUUAGUGAGUUUCUUUGAUUUAGUGUCAUUGAGCAUAUUCUAAUAAUUCAAAUGUAGAGAGCUUCCACAAUACCUAUCAGUGUCUUUUUUUUGACCAUUUUCAAUAACCACUUCUCUUGCAAAACAGAUAUUAAAAUGAUAUAUAAACUUGUGUCUCUGUCCUCUGAUAUAAACAUGGUGCGAGUUGAAAAAAAAAAUGAGAGAAGCUUGCUUCUCUUCUCUCUUGCUUCUCUCUUGCUUUUUCAAGUUCCACUGUGUUUAUAUCAGAGGACAGACACAAGCGGCCGUUUAAUAGUUCUUUUAUAAAAUUUUUCACUGUCCUCUUAUAUAAACAUGGUCGUCAGCCAAUCAGAGCGCAUGUUAUAUAUCAAAAAWUUUAUAAAAUACCAUAAAACAUGUAGUGCCAUGAAGUUAAAACUGUAUAACACUAGAUAACAAAACCUUCUUUAAGUAAUUGAUUUCCUUUUUUUUAAUAAUAAGAUGCAUGUAGGUAUUGUAGUUAUUCAUAUUAGCCUUGGGAGUAAAUAGGGAAAGGUUUACUAUAAAGAUUCACUUUACAAAUAUACAGUAAUUGAGUUUGCUCAAGUCUACUGUCUAAGUCUAUUGUAUUGAGUGAUCUCGCUUUCAUUAUGCUUUUAAGCAGGAUAUCCCUGUCAGCUACAUGACUUUCUCUAUUGAUAUAGUCAUCAGGUCUGUUUGCUAUAGCCUACUAUGUAUUCCACCACCGAUGACAAUGGUUUCUCCUGUUAAGUAGGAUGCUUGAUCAGAGGACAAAAAGGACACAGUUCCCCCCACUUCAUCUGAUGUACCAAGCCUGUUAGAGCCAGAAAAGCUCUUAAAAUGUGCAUAUUAAAAUGUUGUCUCACUC